UUUUAAUUGUUAAUCUUCAAAUCACUACGUCUUUUUAAUUUUUAGUCUUGAAUCGCUUCUUACAUAGGGAUUUUCCAUGUCUCUUAAAGAACUCUUGAUAACGAUUAAAAAAUGCACGGCAUUUUUAAGUAAAAUAUGUAUCCGGUAACUAGCGACUUCUCUUGCUUUUCUUGGACAUGAUUUUCCUUUUCCGAUGGUAACAAGAUACUUUCGAGAAUGAUUUUUGUUUCUACCCACCAGGGUACGCCAGUCGAUGGUCCAGUGCAGCAUCUCUCGUUUGUAACCAGGGCGCACCCUGGCAUACAAUAGUCGAAUUAAUUUGGGGGUUGCAUCAUCUCGGCGAACAGAAUCCGCAAAUAACGGGGAGAAACGCGUGUCGUGUCUCUUGACGUCCGAAAUGUGUCACGUUCGAGCGCGAUAAUUUCGUCAAGGAUGAUUUUAUUAGAAAUAUUCAAAUAAAUUCAAGAAUAAAAACGUUCUUGCAACAGAAGAAAUUCCCGAAGAACUCGCGGCAUCUCUUUUCGCUUGCGUUCGAGAACGGCACAUACAAAUUAAAAUGGCUGUGAUUGGUCGAGUCGGCUCAGGGUGAUUUUCGAUGGCAGAACAAUAGAAAGAGCGGCCUAUGCAGGAUCGAGAAUUUCAAGGAUUCGAAUCGGUGAGAGACGAUUGUUGAGAAAGCGCGAAAAAAGAAGAACGGAGGGAUGACACGGCGUUGCGCGCUAGUGCGCAAGAAACUUUGCUGAUUGCCGGAUUUUGCACCCCGCGAUAGACGGACGGGGGAGUGGAGAAAGAAAAUUGUCGUCGGGAGAGAAGAGUAAGAAGAAAUCUGCUGAAUAAUUUAGAAAAGUGUGUUCUUGCGAGAGAUGAGAUCUUACGACGGUGAAAGCAGCUCGACAGAGGAUGACGAUCGUAGAGAAGGCCUACCAGAGGCACAUUUGCAGCAAGGAUCUUGGCAACGCACUGCGUCACAUCCUACCUGGGCUUGGGAGCAUCGUAAUGCUCAUCCACUGCCUCCACAAUCCGCGGCAGCCCUCGAAUCUGUGUAUUCGACACCUGGAGCUUCACACCCAGGUGUCUCAGGCCCUCCGACAGCAUACUCGUCGGAACACACCCAGAGUGCACCAGGACGAAGGACUCCGUUGGGUACCGUAGGUCUCGGUGGUUUUUACUUUCAACAGCAACCGCAACCUCACGCCUCGUCGAGUGCGUUGUCCGAUGAAAAUCGACCGGACGAAAGACCCGCAGGUUCGCGAUUGAAUUGCCCUCCAAAAUCAAAGACGACUCGUCAAGGGAAGAGUGUAAGGUUGAACAUUAAUGCGCGAGAACGCAGGAGAAUGCACGAUUUAAACGACGCUUUAGAUGAGCUUCGCUCUGUCAUCCCUUACGCUCAUAGCCCUUCGGUGAGGAAGCUGUCCAAAAUAGCCACUCUUCUGCUGGCGAAAAAUUACAUCCUUAUGCAAGGAAACGCUUUAGAGGAGCUCCGAAGAGUGAUCGCUGUCCUGCAAUCGCCGCACGCCCACACCACUGCUUUGCCGCCUACGCCGGUCUCUUACGACCUCCUGCAGGGAUUUCCCGGCAAGUUGUUCCAAGGAGUGCAAGAAAUGCAGGGAUUACCAGCAAGCGAACCUCAGAUAGUGACCGGCCCACCAACUGAUGGCACGGUCGCCAGCGGCGAAUCGAAUUAAAAGAUCGAUUUGGUUUUUUCUUUUGCUCUGCGAUUCCAUCUCGUCUCUGUUUUUCUCGCGAAAGAUAUAAAUCGAGUGCAAAUCACGAAAUUAAUGUAAGCGGGAGUCGAGAAAGCAACAAGUAUGAUUCAAAUAUUAGAAACUAAGAUUGACGAUCGAUAAUUAAUAUAAGAUAUCGCGAUCAAGAUUUUUAAAGCUGGGAAUUUGAGGAAACGAAAACGCCUUUGGCCAUGAAAGUAUUAAUUAUUAGAAUAUUAUUGAAGUGCUAAUUAAUUCCUCAAGAGAGAGAGAAAAAAAGAAAGCGAUAAAUUAGUCGCUUAAUAUUAAGUAUCUUAUUUAUCCAAUCAAAAAGCGAAAGAACGAACCGUACAAUUUUAUUUUUUCUGUACCAAUGAUAAGAUUGGAUUAAAACAUAGCAA